AUAUUUUGCUAAAAGGAGACUUUAUUUUAUUUUCAAAACUGAGUAAUACUGCAUUCAAAGAUUUAAAAAAAUAAGUUACUUUGUCUGGAAAUCGUACCGACUCAAAUGCGAAAAAAACACCCUGUAUUUUUAUGAUGCCAAUCGGAAGAAUGCAUAAAAAAUAAGUCAUCUCAGAAAUAUGAUAUCGCAAAAGAAAUGAAUACAGUAAAAUUUUUGAUUAAAAUUUCAAGAUUAGGUUUAAUUCCCAGAAAAAGUAAGCAGCUAUCAAAUUUUUUUUAGAAAUUCUUUGAAUGCUAUAUUACUUACUUUUAAAGGCUUCUUUCAGCAAAAUAUCCUGUCUACGAUAUUUAAGGUACUUUCCUUGAUGUCCCAUAGUCUUGGGACGCCCUGUAUAGUUUUUUUCCUUAUUAUAGAUAUUUUAUUUUGUAAAAACUUAUUUGCUUUAAAUUUUGACGGUGCGUGUUGCAGAUGACAUAUGUGUAAAUGCACGUUUUAUUUUCACAAAACGUAAGGUGGAUGCGCUUUCUGUUGCUAUUUUUGUUUAUUCAAUAAAGUUAUUAUCGAAUAAAUGCAGGAUUGAAUAUUCUAUACAUUUAAGGUGCCGUAUGUUCAGAGAGUGGAGUAUUUUGAAAAAGCGAACCACGUUUUUAAAAAACAAUACUGUUGGAAAAAAUUUAAUCGGCAAUCUUGAUGAUAUUCUUUAGGGGCUUUUUGACUUUAGGUCGAUAGAAAAAAAAAAACGUCUAAAACGUCGUAGGUCUAAAACGCACUUUCAAAUUUUUUUUACAAUUUAUGCACUAUAGCUUAAAAAUAUGAAAAUUGCUUAUAAAAAUGCGCAAUUUUAUUUAUUAGGGAGCUAAGCGAAUACUUUUUUCUUUUUUUAAACUUACAACAUAUUAAAAUUCAAAAACUUGAUAUCCGCGGUCCCGAGAACACACAUCCGUCUCGAUCACGCUUCGCUGACGCUCAGUGAGAGUGAGAUAACAACACACAAUCUACGGGGCCUUAACAGAUUUUUGAACAAUAUAAACUAAAAUCAAAAUUCACGCGCGCUACAAAUGUUUUGCCAUAUUUUGAGAUAAAAUAAUAAAAAUAAUAUCAAACUAAAUAAUAAUGAUUUUAUAGGUUAUCUAGAUUAAAUAUAGAUAAAUCGAUGAAUCGAUAAAUGUUUGAUGAACCAUCGUAAACAUAUCAGACUAGAAUAGAUAACAUAUAGUGUUAUCUUCACGGGUAGAUAUAGAUAAACUACUACUCGAAUAUUUAUCAGACGAUAAUCCAAACCAAAUGAAACACAACGUUUAACAGUUACUCUUGAAAAAAGUUAAAUAAUAUUGACAAAUAUGGGUAUAUUUUGUGAAAUAAAUUUAAAUAAACCUGCAGACGGAAAAUAUAAAUAUACCCCGGGAAGCAUCGUAUCAGGAGCGAUAAGGUACUAUUUAGAUGAGGAGUACACGUUUCAAAGAAUAACAAUAUCUUUGAAAGGACUAGGAAAACUACGCAUACAAGACCAAUCCAGACGGAGAAGAGAUAAAAAAUACAGAUUCUGGAACUCUGAAGACUACGUCGAUAUAGAUCAUGUGAUAUACACUAAUGAAAAGAAAGAACCGCUGACUAUUGGACAAUAUGAAAUGGAUUUCAAUUUCCAGCUACCAGAAAACGUGCCACCAUCUUUGAAGUUUUAUAAACACACUGGAAAAUACAAAAUUUGGUGUUUCAUCAAGUAUUAUGUGAGAAUUAAAUUUGAAAGGCCGGGAACUUUAAAUCUAAGUACACGGUACAAGAAGGAACUUAAUGUUAUAUCUGGUGCAACACCUAGAUUGUCAAUAGAGCCGCUUAUACACGGAGAUCAAAAAAAGCUGCUAAAAUUUACUUCUAUUUGCUCUAGCAAAGGAGUUAUAAGUGUUAAAGCAACAAUAGCAAGUUCCAUCGUGAAACCCGGUGAGAAUAUCAAAAUAGAUUGUGAAAUAGAUAACAAUACUAGUGUUAUAGUGAAAGGUAUUAAAAUCAAGUUGAUCGAAGUGGAUAAAUACAGCAUAGUUGGAUAUAAUGAAGUGAUGAGUAAAUCAGAUGUUGAAGGUGUGAAUGUUAACUAUGGAGCUAUAUUUGCUGGAGAAGCUACUACAGUAUCUGCUGAUCUGCCUAUACCUAAUAACUGUUCGUCAAUAGAACAUUCUAAAAUGAUAGCAAGAGAUUACGCUGUAGGUAUUAUACUACUGCUUCCAUCGCCUCAUAUUAAUAUGUAUCUUGAAAUACCUGUACAAGUCAUUGAGAAAUUGACAGAUGAUGAAAAGAAUAAUGAUUUAACUGAGGAGGAUGAUUUCUCUAUCGAAAAUUCUGAUGAUCCGCCUUCAUAUUGGGAAGUUAUGUAUGAAGAUAAUAAUAUUAAGCCUGAAAUUGAGACUGAAUUUGAUGGAGUUGAAACGUUGACUAUAGAAUAUUGAUUGAAUUUGACGACCGGUAUGGCCUAGUGGGUAGUGAUCCUGCGUGUCCUAGGUUCGUAUCCCGGUAAGGGCAUUUAUUCGUAUGAUGAGCACAGCUAUUUGUUCCUGAGUCAUUGAUGUUUUCUAUGUAUUUGUACAUUAUAUAUAUCGUUAUCUGAGUACCCACAACACAAGCCUUAUUGGCUUACCGUGGGAUUUAGUCAAUUUGUGUGAGAAUGUCCCUAUAAUAUUUAAUUAUUUAUUUAUUAGAGCAAAAACUGCUCUCGUCAGUUAUUUUGAUAGGUUGAUUUAUUUUCAAUGUGUAUAUAUUAAGUCUACUUAUUAUUUUAAGGGUUUCGCUGUAAUAAGUAAACGUUUAGUAAUAAAAGGUAAGUAACCACCA